UAGAUGAAGCAGGGCGCAGGUCUAGGCGGGGCAGGGGCCGGAGGAGGCCGAACCUGAGGGGUGGGGGCGGCACCCAGGGGUCAGCGCUGCUCCCCUAGGCCGUCAUGUCUCGGCAGGCAAAAGAUGACUUCCUGCGACACUACACUGUCUCCGACCCCAGGACCCACCCCAAGGGCUACACAGAGUACAAAGUCACCGCACAGUUUAUCUCAAAGAAGGAUCCCGAGGAUAUCAAAGAGGUAGUGGUCUGGAAGCGGUACAGUGACUUCCGAAAGCUGCAUGGGGACCUGGCCUACACUCACCGCAACCUCUUUCGCCGCCUCGAGGAGUUCCCUGCCUUCCCCCGGGCCCAGGUGUUCGGCCGGUUCGAGGCCCCGGUGAUUGAGGAGCGGCGAAAGGCGGCUGAGGACUUGCUUCGCUUCACUGUGCACAUCCCUGCGCUCAACAACAGCCCCCAGCUCAAGGAGUUCUUCCGGGGCGGGGAGGUAAUACGGCCCUCUGAGGUAUCCAGGGACCUGCACAUCUUGCCACCUCCUCUGAUCCCUACGCCACCCCCUGAUGAUCCUCUGCUCCCCCAGCCACUCCCUGUGGAAAGGAGGGGCCUGGAAGAAUUGGAGGUACCAGUGGAACCCCCACCAUCCAGCCCUGCACAGGAGGCCCUGGAUCUGCUCUUCAGCUGUGGCGGUGUGGAGGAGGCAUCAGGCUCCCCUGCCAGGGGUCCCCUCUCCGAGGCUGAGCUUGCCCUCUUUGACCCCUUCUCCAAGGAAGAAGGUGCAGGCCCCAGCCCUACCCACAUAGGUGAGCUGGCAGCCAUGGAGGUAGAAUCCAAAAGGCUGGAUGAGGAACCCUGGGAGCCAGGAGGACAGGAAGAGGAAGGGGAAAGAGGACCCACCCCUGCCUAUCUGAGUCAGGCCACGGAACUCAUCACCCAGGCCCUUCGGGAUGAGAAGACAGGUGCCUACCCUUCUGCCCUCCAAGCCUACCGGGAUGGUGUGCACAUCCUGCUGCAGGGGGUACCCAGUGACCCAUCCCCUGCCCGCCGGGAAGGGGUGAAGAAGAAGGCAGCCGAGUACCUGAAGCGAGCAGAGGAGAUCCUGCACCUGCAUGUGUCCCAGCUGCCACCCUGAGAGGUCGUGGCCUGCCGGGGAACUGCAGCUCCAGCACUGCCAGCCUCUCUUCGGUCUCCACCUCCUGGUCUUAUAACUCCAGGGGUCAAGAAUGUGUAUUCUGGACCAAGAAUGAGGAAAGUAACCACUUCUUAGCUCCUUGCCUACCUGCUUCCUUGGAAUCAGCAACACACACUUCUAAUCGUGCCUGUCCCUGUCUUGAUAUGUCAGCCGCAGCUCCAGCCACUAACCUAUAAGUUCCCAGCCCAGAACUGUGGCCUGCAAGCUGCAGCCUGCAGUCAGAUCUGGCCCACUGCCUUCUUUUGUAAGAUCCGUGAGCUAGGAUGUUUUUUACAUUUUUUUAAUGGUUGGGAAAGAAGAAACAUGCUGUGACUGAUGAAAAUUUAAGUAUGAAUAAAAAUCUGUCUGAACACA